AAUGCCCCAAAUAAUUGACCCGACCCGUUAGAUCCAACUAAACCCAGAACCUAAAACAGAAAGAACGCAGUUCAUAUCGGUUCAUCGAGAUAGAGAUGGCAAAGAGAAAUUGGGGGCGAACUUAGGGUUUCAUAAAUUUGUGAAGAUCGAUUAAGAGUGGAAGCUCGAAGUACCGGUAUAGUGGUCGAAAGUCGAAGGUGUUUAAAAGAACGGAAGUGCAGAAGCUAAGCGUUAGACAAAUUAGGGAAAUUGUGAGUGAAAUUAGGGAAGUCAUAAAUUAGGGAAAAUACAAUUUAUCCGGAGAAAAUACAAUUUAUCAUUAGUUAGUGACGAGGAUAAAUUGUAUUUUCCAGUUGAUGUUUCUCCGGACGAAGGAUUCAGAUUGUUGGUGCAUGAUAGUGAUGUAAUUGAGUUAGUUAGAAGUGUUGCUUUGACAGGAAUUUGCAGGAUCCAUGUGUUUCGUUCAUGGAGCACGGCUGAUUCACCGCCAGAAGCUGUGCAUGUUGAACCUGUGUGAUGACAAUGAACAAAUGGGAGAGGAGAAAUGGAGAAUGCACAAAUGAAUGAGGGCAAUGCCAGGUCAGCAACCCCAUCCAACUUCCGUUAACGGAACUGACGGCAGAAACCCAUAUGAAAUAUUUUACUCGUUCAAGUGUUUGACUGAAAACUUUUUUGGGACAGGGAUUCAAGUGAAAACUUUAGUAGUAUCUUCCGGUGAUGAUUUAGCUAUUUAACCCAAUCCCCAACUAAUCUACAGAAUGAGCACACCAUUAACAAAUAGUUUAUGCUGUGUCAAAUAAUUAAAUGCCAAGUAAUGAAGCUGAUAACAGUACAAUACUAAUUUAAUGGAAACAGAUUAAAUAUGAAACCAUUUUUAUUAUUUUUUUUGGCCACUUGUAGUUGUACCUUUCUCAGCUUGCACCAAUCAAGUCUUUUGCAGUUGAUCACACGUUAUUAAUAUAUGAAACAUUUGAUUAUUUUAAGCGGUUUGGAUCCGGAUUUUGUUGAACAUUGAUCCAAUAUGUUAUUAUAAUGCACAUUUAGUCACCAGAUGCUACAGAUAUGCUCCUGCUAGUCUGCAUUGUAUAUGGUAUGAUAGUUGUGUAAACAGAGAGAGUAGAAUAAGCACAAGAAGAAGAUGAAGAACUUGGAUGGACGUUCACUACUUAGCAAACGGAGUCUGGAACGGUCGUCUGCGUUUAAGCGGGGACCUGAUGCCAUUGUGAAUGGUUCUCCCUAUGAGAAAGCUGCUGCACUCAUUGAUCUGGCAGAAGAUGGCAUGGGAUUACCAGAGGAGAUUCUUUAUGAUGAAUCAAACUUUGCAGAUGCGACGAAAUAUUACUUUCUUUUCAUCCGGUUUGAUCUCAUCUGGACCUUAAAUUAUUUUGCGCUGUUAUUGCUCAACUUUUUGGAGAAACCAUUGUGGUGCAGCCAGAAUUUAGAAACAUCUUGCGAUGAUAGGGAUUACUACUUUCUUGGACAGCUGCCUUACUUAAAUGGGGCCGGUUCUCUUAUAUACGAGGGAAUUACUCUUGCUAUUCUCAUAGUACAUAUGUUCUUUCCAAUUUCAUACGAAGGAUUCAAUCUCUACUUCAAAAGGAAUCUCAAUAAACUAAAGAUCAUUUUCCUGCUAUUCCUGGUCGCUGAUAUCUUCAUAUAUGUGCUUUAUCUAUCUCCGGUGGCAAUAUAUUAUCUCCCAUUCAGGAUAGCGCCUUAUAUACGGGUUGCCUUUUUCAUUUUGAACAUCAGGGAUCUACGAGACACCUUAGUUGUUGUUGCUGGAAUGAUUAUUACAUAUCUUAAUGUUUUGCUUUUAGGACUUCUUUUCUUGCUGUUUUCAAGUUGGUUAGCAUAUGUCAUAUUUGAGGAUACAGCGCAAGGAAAAAUGACAUUUACCUCGUUCGGUGCAACCACAUAUCACAUGUUUAUCUUGUUCACAACAUCCAACAAUCCCGAUGUCUGGAUUCCUGCAUACAAAGCAUCACGUUGGUAUUCCCUGUUCUUCAUUCUUUACGUGCUCUUGGGUGUGUACUUCGUCACCAACUUGGUCCUGGCUGUUGUGUACGAUAGCUUUAAGGGUCAGCUAGCCAAACAAAUUGUUGCAAAGGAUAGUAUGAGGGAUAGAAUUCUCAAGAAGGCCUUUGAUUUCAUUGUUGACCAGGAUUUUAACUAUUUAAACAAAGAUCAGUGCAGUCUUUUGUUGAAAGAACUCAGCAGAUACAGGACAUUGCCGGAGAUCUCAGAAGAAGAUUUUGGAUUAAUAUUUGACGAGUUGGAUGAUGGAUGUGGUAAUGAUACCAAACGUGACUCCCAGAUAUCUUUUGAAGAAUUCACUGAUAUUUGCAAUGCCAUAGCAGUAAGGUUUCAAAAGGAGAAUUGUCGGCCUUGGUUAUUCGGCUUCCGAUUCUAUCACACAGACUUAUCCAAGAUGUUGAGAAACUUUGUUGUCAGCUCCAGCUUCGAAUACGUGGUAAAAUUUGUUUUGAUGCUGAAUAUUAUCACUGUUGUUAUUGAAACAACUCUUGACAUACAAGACAGCUCUGGGCAGAGGUUCUGGGAACAGCUUGAGGUUGUCUUUGGGUGGUUGUAUUUUCUGGAAUUGCUGCUAAAACUCUACACACAUGGGUUCGAAAACUAUUGGAGGGAUGGUCAAAAUCGUUUUGACUUCGUGAUCACUAUGGUUAUAGUUAUCAUCGAAACAGCAACUUUUCUGUCUUUGCCAUUUCUCCUAAAUAGAGAAUGGAUUCGCUACCUACUUAUUGCAAGGAUGUUAAGACUAAUAAGGCUUUUAAUUUUUGUUGGUCGUUACCGAGCCUUUGUUUCAACAUUUCUCACUCUGAUACCAAGUUUAAUGCCGUACCUAGGCACUAUAUUCUGUGUUCUAUGCGUGUAUUGCUCUUUCGGGGUGCAGCUCUUUGGCGGGUUGGUCAAUGCUGGCAACCUUCGUUUGGCCGAGACGGAUCUUGCAGAUAGCGACUAUCUACUUUUCAAUUUUAAUGACUACCAAAGUGGUAUGGUGACACUAUUUAAUUUGUUAGUGAUGGGAAACUGGCAAAUAUGGAUGCAGAGCUACAAAGAACUGACAUAUUCUGCAUGGUCUUACAUAUACUUUGUUAGCUUCUAUCUGGUAACUGUUCUUCUACUUCUGAAUUUGGUAGUAGCAUUUGUCUUGGAGGCAUUCUUUGCUGAAAUGGAUCUAGAAGACGAGGAGAAACUUAACAACGAGAACAAUACAAGUGAAGGAAAGGAUAAUGGUGAGGACAAGAAAGGUAAAGGGAAGGAUGAUGACAAGGGCAAGAAAAACGAAGGAAGGGAGCCAAGAAGACGUUAUGCUGGCACGAAAACACGAAGUCAGAGAGUUGAAAUGCUGCUCCAUCGUAUGCUGAGCUCCGAGUUGAAGGAGCAUGAAGAGUUGAAGGAGCAUGCAGAGUGCUCCAAUGCUUAGUUCAUCCUUCAUAUCAUACACUAUAUUAGGAGAACAAAGUAUGCAAUGCUUAUGAUUGUGUUCAAUUUUCAUAUACAAACUGAUUUGGCAUAUGAACUACAGACCAUGAAAUUUUAUGAAUCUUCUUGUCAAUGUGUAUCUUUUCUGAAUUGUAAUUGAGCUAAACUUAAAUAUUUGCA